CGCGCUUGGCUCAGCAGCCUUCUUGCGCUUUCCAUCAUGGCUUCACAACGUCGUCACUUACCUUACACAUCUUCUUCCGGACCAUCUAGUGACGUGCGAUGAACGCGCUGCCAAAUCCAAGGGACUUCGAAGACGAUGGCAAGUACGCUGCGAGCGAGCAGCUUGCUGCGUACGAGGCUGAAGCGGCUGGUAAAUCCGGCGGCAAUAAGCUAGAAGGAUCUUUGAAUGUCGCACGUGGGGCUAUACGGGUGCCUUCCCCGGAUCCUUCACUUCUCUCGAUAGACGACAGCAACAAUAUACGAUACGGUCGCAAUCCAGACUAUUUCCCUUAUCAAAGUGGUCGUAGACAUGCCUCUCGAGCCCCAGCGCCUCCAGGGACUGCAAAGGGAAGAGUUCAAGCAAUAUGGACGAAGAAUAAGGGCCUCUUCUUGGUUCUGAUAUCACAGUUCUUCGGCGCGUUGAUGAAUGUCACUACAAGACUGUUGGAGAUGGAGGGCAAUGAUGGUAAAGGAUACCAUCCCUUCCACAUUCUCUUCGCUCGUAUGGGUAUCACAGUUCUGUGUGCGUCAGUAUACAUGUGGCACAAAAAUACCGAACAUUUCCCCUUCGGCAUGAGGGAAGUUCGACCUUUGCUGGUCGCUCGAGGGCUUUUCGGCUUCUUUGGAGUAUUUGGCAUGUAUUACUCACUGCUCUAUUUGCCGCUCGCCGAUGCUACCGUCAUCACUUUCCUAGCACCUAGUCUCGCAUGCUGGGCUUGCUCAUACCUCAUUCACGAGCCAUUCACUCGCAUGGAACAGAUCGCAGCUUACAUCUCACUUUUUGGUGUCGUUCUUAUAGCCAGACCGGUUUCGCUCUUCGAAUUCCUGUCGCAAUCUGGCGAGGCAGUUCCACCCGCAAGUGGUGACUCAGACAUUGUGGUUCCGGUCAAUGCAACGGCUGACACUCACCGUCUGGCAGCUGAGCUUGAUGCGGCUACACCAGCUCAACGGGCAUCAGCUGUUGGGUUUGCUUUACUGGGUGUUCUAGGAGCUGCAGGUGCGUAUACUACCAUUCGGUGGAUUGGCAAGCGAGCACAUCCACUCAUCUCAGUGAACUACUUCGCAACAUGGUGCACAAUUGUCAGUAUUGUCAUGAUGAUCGCCUUGCCUGGCGUAGGUUUCCUACUUCCGCGAUCCUUCGUAGACUGGUGCUAUUUGAUCUUCCUGGGCAUAUGUGGGUUCGUGAUGCAAUUUCUUCUCGCUGCAGGCCUGCAACACGAGAAGUCUUCACGAGCGACUAACAUGGUAUAUAUGCAGAUGCUCUUUGCGCUCAGUUUCGACAAACUCAUUUGGGGCACAACACCGGGGGCAUUGUCCAUUAUUGGCUCAUCACUGAUUCUGGGUUCAGCAAUCUACGUUGCUAUGCACAAGGAGGACCCAAAGAAGGCAGGAAACACCAGAGAACGCGGAGACCAAGAGGAAGAGCGAGGGUUGGUGGCUCCAGAGCUAGACGCAGAUCAGGACGGCGAUAGACAAGGCAUUCAGUUGGUCUCUGUCUGCGGGUGACGCAUUAAGCAGGCAUCCUAUAGAUGGGCUUACGCAUUUGUACUCAUACAUAUAGACUAGAGUAUUCAUGUUUGUUCGCAC